UAUCUAGCGAACAGUCAGUUGAUCAGAAGUUAAAGUAGACGCACUGAGAUUAAAAAAAAUUCAUAACAAAAAUAUUAAAGAUAACUUGUGCUGUUGGUUCAGUAAUUAUUAUUACAGAUAUAUGUCUAGAUAAUCACUGUCGUGAUUACAGAAUUAGAAAAUUAUUAAAACAAUAGAUCUAAGUUACUGACAUAAAACAUGGUUUGGUCUCGCCCACCGGGUGAUCCAAGAGUUUGGUCUAAUGUUGAAACUGUCAAGGCAGAUGGAAAAAAAGUUAAAUUCAUAAUUCAAGAAAUACCUCCGAACAGAUAUGCAGAAGCUCUAGAUCAUUUGUGCACUGUUUUCAUUUCAAGCGAACCGGCAUGUCGAAGUAUCAAAUUGAUUGAUGAUGCAGAAUCAGUAGCUGAAAUACGUGUUUUUUGGGCUACAGCUCUCAAUCAAGGAAUUUCCAUCGGUGUAUAUGAAGCAGAUGAAAACAAUCAAAUAUCUAAAUUUGCCGGAAUGAAUGUAUUAGUAAUGGGUCAUAAAGAUGAAGAUAAGACGAUUACACCUAUUAAGAGUACCAUGUCUAGAGCUGAAAAACUAAUUACCUUCAUGCGAAACCUUACUGCAGAAGUGGACUUCUCUAAAAGAUGGGGUGUCGAUUACUAUUUGAGUGCUGCUGGGUUAGAUGUAGAUACUAAUUAUCGUCGUCUAGGAUUGGGGACUCAUCUGUUAUUAGCGAGAGAUAAGAUAGCUCAAGCAUACAACAUCUCAGUUACUUUCACAUUUUUCUCUUCACCAGCCUCACAAAAAACUGCGGAGAAAGCUGGCUUGAAAGCCUUUUUUGAAAAACGUUGGAACGACAUUGUUGAUGACAAAGGAAACAUUGUUUUUUCAGGACUUGGAGAUACUUAUUGCAAAGUAAUGGAAAAGAAAUUCAAGUAAAUUCUAAUGAAAAUAAUGAUUUCUUGUAUUGGCUUACUAAUUUUUCACAACUUGAAUUAAACUUUGGCAAUGAUGAUUAUUA